UGAAUGAUAAGUUUCAUCUUAAAGAGGUCUAAAGAUCAUCGAAUCCCGAGCAAUAUGUACGCAAGCCAGCCUUUUGCUUAAUUAGAUAAUUUAUUUCUUGAAUUUGUUUCAUACGCGAAACAUGUAACGUACAGGCGUAAGCGUGGUGGGAGUGUGGAAUUUUCGUUCUUAAAAUUAGUGGUCGUGCAUAAUUGAACGUUAUCAGUUUGUCUAGUUAGUCACAGCAGAAUGAUCUCUACCAAGAUCAUCUUCGUAUCGUGUUGGUCCUUGCUAUUAGUUUUUAGUAGUGUUUACGCGAUAUAUGACCCGAAUGAUGGCGUUAAAACGAAAACCUUCCGACGAGGACAAGGACCUUCAGAGCCAAUUGUUAUGCAUCAUCAAUACAGUCAAGUAUCUUCAAAUAGACCCCAAGAGAGUGGAUACUCUCAAUCACAAUUUGACGCCCGACAAGGACGCACCAGCUAUACAAAUGAGGCUGAAAAUUAUGUUGCGCAAUAUGGCUCCGAAUGCCCCCCCAAUGCAACCGGCCAGUACCCGUAUAUAUUGAAUUGUCGACAGUUUCUCAAUUGCUGGAAAGGCCGAGGUUAUAUUCAAAGUUGUGCCCCUGGAACCGUUUUUAAUCCAGAUACGCGUGAAUGUGAUAACCCCGAGAAAGUGAUUUGUUUGAAUUAUCGAAGUGAAUCGAAUCCGAAUAAUCAUUUCGCGAGAUUACAACAAGUGCAAACGAAAAGUUACAGUGAUUCGCCUUCGCCCACUAGCAGCCAUCCCCCGAGAAAUAUUGGUGAUGAUGUUCAGUGCGCCCCAGGAAGUAGUGGAGUGCAGCCACAUCCAUUUGAUUGUGCAAAGUUUCUCAAUUGUGCUAAUGGCAUUACCUACAUACAAGUGUGUGGUCCGGGAACAGUGUUCAAUUCGGUUUCGUUAGUAUGUGAUUUCCCUUACAAUGUCGACUGUUCGAGUAGAAGUGGUGGAUCCACAGGAUCUCAGGGAGCAGACUCAACCAACGAUUAUGGCCAACAACAUCACACUCAAGGUCAUUACGGUGGUGGUUUCCACAACCAUAGACAUCAUAGUUGGCCCAGUUCUAGUCAAGGGACUACAAGUUCGACAGAUAAUAUCAAUGGAAGAGAUAGUACUUUUGCUGGCCUUUCACCAGGCUAUGGUAGUAGCGCUACAACUCCAUCUACCUCAAAGCAUCAAUAUGAUCAAUCAGGUUCUGGUUCAUCAAGUUUUUCACAUGAUCAAAUCGCACAAGCAAGCCAAUCCCGAAAUUACGAUCAAGAGAGCAGUAGAACGUAUCACCAAACACAAAACUAUCCGCAUCGGCAUCAUUAUCAUCAUCAUCGACCAGGCGGUUAUCGCCGUCACUUUCAAUCACAAUCUGGACAACAAGGAUUAGAAUAUUCAACUACUUCACAAGGUAAUCGAAAUCCAAAGUUAGAUUGGGAUCAAUCCACUAAUGUCGAUGAACAAGAAAAUCAGCAAGCAUGGCAAAGACCCUCACUAAAUGCAUCACCAUCAAACCCUUCGUUCACUAUUGAUCAGGCAAAAGUCCAUGAAAUGACACCGCCUGGUUCGAGCGGAAUAUUUGGGAAUAACAAAACAACGAUUUAUUACGCCCAGCCUGUUGGAACGUUUGAUAUCAGUGAUACUGACGACCUUCAACAGAAAGAAGUUCCAUCACCAUUUCUUGAACCUCCCAAAAGACCUUCUAAACCAUCGCGCGGGCAGCAGGAUUCAGCCUCGGGCAGAACCACAAUCUACUAUGCUCAACCAAUGGGAACAUACGAUCUGAAUAAUUUUAACAUGACCAAUGGUCAUUCAUCUGGUACACCAGUUUGGAAACCCAUGCGGCCAUCGACUGUCAAUAAAACCAUCGUGUACGCGACUCCCGUCGGAGAUUUUCAUCAUGAUCAGAACUUCGAUUCAGAAAUCGAUGAAGGACAGAAAUCAGUGCCCUUGAAUGAACAUUUUUCUUCGCAAUCUCACGUUCCUCUAGGGUUUCCCAGCCCACCUAGCACACAUCAAAAUAACUCAUGGUCCAGCUCAACGGGUGGACAAUUCAUCCCAUCGUCUUAUCAUCAACAUAGUGUUGUUCAAUCUACUAAUGAUAGAGCGGUUUAUGAUGAAUCAAAUUUAUAUGGCGGUCUGCAACCACCUCACGCACCAACUCAGCCAAGCAAGCCUACCCACCUAUAUUCUACACCUCCAAAUCGUCUCGAACCACCCUCCCCGGAAAUGGUUCCACCUACCGUUCCUUUAGUACCGGUUCCAUUUGGUGAUCUUUUGCCACCUAUGCUUGAUCCCCAGACUACUAAUCUUCCUAUUAGACCUCCUCACAAUCCUGUUUUAAAUCCUCCCCCGGAACCCACUAAGCCACUGAUAACAAACCAUACAAGGCAAGACAGGGUUUAUCAAAUGUAUCCUCCUAUUUCGAGUGAUGUAAACCCCAGAGUAAAUAUCACUUCAUCAACAUUAUAUAGUCCCUCAUAUUCAAGUGUCACUCAUACGAAAUCGUCUUCCGGAAAUAAAGAUACAAAGUUAGUAGAUGAAGAGGAAGCAUACAGGAAGGUUAUACCAAUUUAUACUAGACCCACCAGUCAAACUACUGGAUCAACCAGAUCUUCCACUAAUUUACCACCAGCAUACAAUCAUCAAUACUAUAAUCCUCCUCAAGCUCAAAUUACUGAUUCAGGUCAUUUAAAACCUCUCGGUCAUGGAAAUCAAGAAGGAGAACCCAAGGAGCUUCCGAUCAGUGAGGCCUUAAAAAUGUUAUUGCGACCAUAUUUCAAUCGUAGUGGAACCGUGACGGAUGAUGUUGCCGACAACAUGAAUGAGCACAUCAUGAAGCUUUCCAGUGCAAGCUCACCCAAAGAAAUGCCCAAACAACCAACGAGAAAACUACAGACCGAUUCUGAGGCUGAAAUUAUAUUUUCAGGUGAACAGGCGAAUUUAAAUGAGGGUACCCAACACCACUAUUAUGAUAGCUUUGAGAAUUCUGGUGAAAAUACAACUGAGCAGACAACUUAUCAGGGCGGGGCCCGAUAUCGCCAUCAUCAUCAUUUCCAUCAUCACAGACACCACCCUGGUUGUAAUCAUACCCACCACCAACACCAACACCACCAUCAUCAUCAUCGCCAUAGUUGGAAUCACCAUAACCAUACAUUCCAUCAUAGUCGCGAAUUCCAUCGUAACCAUCCCGAAAUUCACAACCCUUUUGCUACUAACGACCUAGGCGAAUCAGAAACUCCUGAUAAAAGGGAAGGUCACAUUGACACGCGAAUCAAUAAUCGUGAUGAUUCCGCCGGAGGUACAUAUCCUGAAUUGGAUGCAGAUAAGCCUGCAUGCCAGUUCGAUUGCAAGAAUGGGAAGUGCAUCAGUGAAUAUCAGGUUUGUGAUGGUGUCAAUAAUUGUGGCAAUAGACUUGAUGAGAAGCAAUGCGAUCAUAUUGGAUAUGAAGUCCGGUUAUCCAGUGACGAGGGGAAAGCAAAUAUGGGACGAGUGGAAGUCAAAGCUAAUGGGAAAUGGGGCUAUGUGUGUGACGACAAAUUUGGAAUGCGUGCUGCUGAUGUCCUUUGUAAGGAGCUAGGAUUUUCGCUGGGUGCAAGUGAAGUGCGGGGAAAUUCAUACUAUCCAGCUCACAAAGAAAUGUACGAUGAGUUGGGUGUUCGGUACUUGAUGGAUGAAGUCGAUUGCCUUGGCAACGAAACGUCUAUCCGAGAAUGUAACUUCAAGGGAUGGGGUGUUCAUGAUUGCUCACCCGAGGAGGUUGUAGGUGUCGUCUGUAAAAUUCCCGUCAUGACAUGUCCGGCGAAUUACUGGUUAUGCAAAACAUCGCAAGAAUGUGUAGCAAUUGGUUUCCUAUGCGACAGUGUCCCUGAUUGUCAAGAUGGGUCAGAUGAAAGCGAUGACAUAUGCAAUGAAGCAAUCCAGUAUCGUCUUGAAAAUGGACCUAAUGAAAUGGAAGGACGCGUAGAAGUUAAAUAUCGUGAUUCCUGGGGCACAAUAUGCGAUGAUGACUUCGGGAAUAAAGAAGCCCAAGUUGUAUGCAGAACCUUAGGUUUCCUAGGAGAGGCAACUGUUUUGAAAAAUACUUACGGUUCUGGCAUAGGACCCAUAUGGCUGGAUCAGGUAUCUUGUAUUGGAAACGAGAGCUCCUUGGAGCAAUGCGCUCACUGGGCUUGGGGUGAACACAAUUGUGAUCACAAAGAGGACGUGAGUGUUCGCUGCUCAGAUAGGCCUGCCAAUCCUAAUGCUGAACCGACUACGACAACAACGGCAUAUCCAGAACAAGAACAAGUUCCAGAAGAUGAUAUUGAUCUUUAUUUAUACAAAGUUCAAAGAUCAUCCAAAGCCUUGAAUCAAAAUAAACGAUGCGGCCAAAUCAAUGAACACGCUCUUGACGAAUUUAAUACAAACGAUGAGUUUGCAAGAGUAGUUAAUGGAACUAAAGCGGUAAGAGGCCACCACCCCUGGCAAGCGAGCCUACGUGCUAAAGGUCGCAAUGGCAUGUCCACACAUUGGUGCGGAGCUAUCCUUAUUACUCAGAUGCAUGUCCUAACAGCCGCGCAUUGCUUAAUAGGCUAUCAAAAGGAAGGGCUGUUUGUUCGAAUGGGCGAUCAUUAUUCAAAGAUCGCCGAGCCAUCGGAAAUUGAUAGCUUCAUUCAGAACUGGUAUGUGCAUGAGGAAUUCCGAAAAGGCCAUCAUAUGAAUAACGACAUUGGGCUGAUAGUGCUCAAGUCUCCAGUGAUUUUCAACGACUACAUUCAACCUAUAUGCCUUCCAUCAAAAGAGUCCAAAUACGAGGAAGGGAUGAAAUGUACAAUAUCAGGAUGGGGAUCAAUCAAGUCAGGCAUUUCAAAUCCAGCUCCGUCGAAUAAUUUGAAAGCUGCGCAUGUUCCAAUAAUAUCACAAGAUGUCUGCAAAGAACCCUACGUUUACGGGAACGCUAUAACUGAUGGUAUGUUUUGUGCGGGCUAUUUGGAUGAAGGUGUUGAUGCAUGUGAUGGAGAUUCAGGCGGUCCACUUGCAUGUACUACCCCUGAUGGAGAGACACUAUUCGGCAUUAUUUCCUGGGGGCAACAUUGCGGUCAGGCCAACAAGCCUGGAGUUUACGUCAAAGUGGCUCAUUAUUUGGACUGGAUUAUGGACAAAAUUACUUUCUCUCUGAAAUCGAAGAAAAACUAGCACGUUUCUGAGGAUGUUAUUCAAACAAAAUGAGACUGCGGUUAAAUACUCAAUUCCAUGAAUCAACAGGCAAUAGAUUCUACACAAUUAGAUUCAUACUUAGAACUUAGUUUUAACUAGAAAUGUUAAAUAUGUAGGUUAAGUGAUUCGACUUUGUAGGGACUGUAAGUAAUAAAAUAUUCUGAGUCA